GGGUGUCAUCUCUACAGUUCAUCGGGUUCCCUGUCGAAAUGAGGUCUCAGGGGAGGGGUUUCCUACCCGAAUACGCCGAGUGGCAGUUUAGCGAUGUCUCAUCCCCCCUCCUUAGAGAAUAGCGUGGGCUGGGAGCUCCCAUUCAUAAAAAUCAGGCAAAUGGAAAGCGCUCUUUUCAGCGUGUGAGACAGUUCGCUGGGCUGAGGCUGGGUAGAGAUGUACAAAGGUUACGGAGCGGGAAGGGCACCUGCUCCCGGGAGUCAUCGGCCCUCCACUCUGCGCCCAGGGACGCAGCAGCAGAAGUACCCGUCUGAUCCCGGGGCCGGCAGCAGCAGCAGUGCCGGCGGCGGCUUUGUCCCCAACCUCAACACCAUCACCACCAGCCACGACCUACAGUGGAUGGUUCAGCCCACCAUCAUGGGCGCUUCUCCAGGAAUCCCCCCUUACCCGCGACCCUACCGCUGCCCGCACUAUCCUCCAGGCAUUCGGCCAGGUGUGAUCCGCACUGCUGGCCCAAUCCUGACACCGCGGAGGCGUCAUUCGGAGCAUCUGACACCCGAGGAGGAGGAGCGGCGGCGGCUGCGGAGGGAGAGGAACAAGCUGGCAGCAGCCAAGUGCCGGAAUCGCCGGAAGGAAUUAACAGACACCUUGCAAGCCGAGACGGACCAGCUGGAGGCUGAGCAAUCUGGGCUGAAGAAGGAGAUUGCGGAACUGCAGAAGCAGAAGGAGCGGCUGGAGCUGGUCCUGGAGGCUCAUCGACCGGCCUGCAAAGUCCCUGAGGAGUCCUCAGGGGAAGAGGAAGAGGGCCAAAGCCGGCCGGAGACCCUCGCCCAGCUUCCGGUCAAGCGGGAGUCCCCGCCGGGCCCCAGCGGCCCUCGCAGAGUGGCUCCAGUGCCUCCCAGCAUCACUCUGCCCCCCAGCGGCCUGCUGGAGCCAGAGGCUCUGCACACCCCGACCCUGAUGCCCACGCCGUCCCUCACCCCCUUCACCCCAAGCCUGGUCUUCACCUACCCCACACCGGGGGACCCUGAUGGCCCCUCGGGCUCUGGCUUCCCGCACGAGGCCUGCUCCUCUGCCCACCGGCACAGUAGCAGCGGCGACCACUCCUCUGAUUCGCUCAACUCCCCCACCUUGUUGGCGCUCUGAGGACCAGGAGGGACCCCCUGGCUCCGUGGCGGGACAGUCCAGAGAGCGACACCUCCAGACCGUUGCGGUUUCUAGGCAGCUUCUGCCCAGGGUUGGGGGUUUUUUUUUGCUGCCAACGGUUCUCCUGGUCAUCUGUAUACAUACCUCAUUCGGGGUCCUUGCCUCCUCUGCUGGCCGGAGACCUCACAGGCCUCUCGUUCUGCCAUCUGUGCCCAAGUGCUUGGAGUCAAGUUGCCGGUCCUCAAGAGCGACCAGACCAUCUUCCCUCCCACCCUACCAGAACUCAACUCAUUCCUUGUUUCUCCUUGCUGGUGGCCGCGGCAGGACAGCCAUCUCUUUGUGGGGUGGGCUCUAGUUUGGGAUUUCCUGCUUCGGCCAAGGGGGUGGAACUCAAUGGCCUCAAAUGUCCCCCUCCAAUUGUUUUAUGACUUUUCACAACACUUAAAAAAACACACACAACCCUUACCCUUGAUAUCCUAGUGGUUUUAGAAUAAACAAGCCUUUUACUGUGCACCUUUCCACUUCCUUUUCUCAAACUAUUGUAGAAUCUGCUUUCUUCAAAGCCAGACAUAGAAACACUGAUGUUAAUCUUCUGUGAACCACCGAAGACUGAUCUUUGUGCCCAAAAUUAUUUCCCAUCUCCUGGAUGAGGUGGGAUACCCUUAUGUCGCCCAGGGGUGGAGCUGGUUGAAGACAGAUAUUUUUUAUUAUAAACUCACACGUUCCACUGCUUCGCCUUGUCUUAAUGUCUCAUUUAGUUAAUUUGGGUGUUGUCUUGCUCUUCUAAGAGGGUGCAUCCUUCUCAACAAAGCCUGUGGCAAAAUGAAGGCGGCAACUUCAUUGGUUCGGAACAAUUAUCCUGCUAAAGAUGAACAGGAGGAGUGUUUGUUGUGCUGUUGGGAGGGCAGGAGGAGAGGAAUCCCCUGUGAAUUGAUCAGGCAGCUGAUCAAAGUCUCCUUUAGCACAAACCACAAGUCUGGGUUUGUGGAAGGGAUUUUUCUGAGGGAAAAUACGGGGAGCCUUAUGGGCUCUGGGGAUGUCAGAGAAUCUGGAUCUGUCUAUCCUGGGUACAGGAAAGUUUGCUUUGUAGAAUUGAAAAGCUUGGGCUUUCUAGAAGACAAACACCCAAGUUCCUAGUCCUCCUGAGCCGCUGGUUAAAAAUAGAGAGUGGAGUCGAAAUUCCUCAGAUGUUUUAAAAAUAACGCUUGGGGGUUUCUUUUUCUUGCCUCCCUGGAAAAGGUCACUUUGAAGAUUUCUCCCAAAAUAUUGUCUGCCAUCCCCCACCCCCAGUUUUUCUCCCACAAUACCCUGGGGCAACACUAGUUCUGGGGCAUAAUGGGGGAUGUAAAAUGGUAACCUGGGUGCCCACAGUUGCCAGACAAGAUAGAAGUUCUGGUACUGUCGUGUGACAGGUGAACCUCAGAUACCAAGAAACAGGAUCUCCCCUCUACCUGGAGAAAUUCAGUGAAAUUUGUGCCCCCGAUUUAUUUGCCUACACGGGAUGGGGAAACAUGGCAGGACCAAUGUUUUGGCAAAGGCUAAAAAGUAGCAUCAGUAGAGGAGCGUCUUCCCUCAGCUUCUGUUGCCUAUGCUCUGAUAACCACCUGUGUUAGAUUACUGCAAUGCGGUAUACAUGGAGCUGCCCUUGAAGGUUGUUCGGGAACUGCAGCUAGUGCAGAAUUCAGCAGCUGGAUUGCUGACCCCGGGGGCAAGAUGUUCUGAGCAUGUAUCACAAAUCCUCAAGGACCACUACCCACAUGAACCAACUUGCACACUCCACAUCGUGGAGGAUGGCAACAUGGGAACGGGCCUUUUCGGUGGUGGCUCCCUGCAUCUGGAAUGCUCUCUCGGAGGAAGCAUGCCUGGCGCCCUGGCUGCCUGUCCUCAGGAGCCCAGUAAAACUAUUUCUGUUUACUCAGGCAGGUGUUUGGUUCUUAACCAGAAGAGUAACUAGUUAUGUCUGCGGCCUCUUUUUGUGCUCAUUGUUUUCAAUGUGGUGGGAUUUGUUCAUAUAUAUAUAUGUGAUUGUCUUGGAUUAGCACUUUAGGCUUAUUGCUAUUUUUUAUAUUUGGUUUUCAUGGCUUCUUCCUGUUUUUUUAUUAUGCAAGUCGCU